ACACGACACACACAGGAACACACUAUAACAAGCAUAACAGACACAGCGUAGCACGUAUCAUCAUGGACACUGUCACAGUGUAACAGACCACUACAGCCUGUACUGUAACACACAUCAUACACGUCAUAACAGAAUACACACACUGUCACACACACUACAGCGUAACAGAGUAUAAUAAACACACUAACACGUACAAUAACACAGCAUCACACAGUGUAAGACACACUGCAACCCAUGCCGUCACUAGCGAUAGCAGGCCAUUUUCUAAAGUAGUCAUAGUGUUGUCUAUCAAAUUAAAGAUUGUGAAGAUCUGAACUGAAAACUUGUUUAAUUUUAUAAAUAUGUCUCAAAAAACCCCAAAGUUAUGAACAUUUGAAAACCCAGUGUUUUAUAAAAUUUCCAUUUUGGUCCGUUGCCCCGGUCACAAAGCAGCAACCAUUUUCUAUUGGUUUAAUUUUCCAUUCAUGAGAAAAAACCUCAAUCAGAAAUUAACAGACCAAAAAGCUAAAAAUAAAGAGAUUUAGAAUUUUGAGUCUCAGGGUAAGAAUUACAGAUAAAGGCUUCUUCUUGUAGAUCACAAUUCUGCACCUCGAAGACUGAAAAGUAACAUAUCAGUAAAAUCGGUCCGUCCUUUCUGUUUAAACAUAAAAGCCAGAAUUUUCCGGGUAUGUUCACUUUAAAUUAUGUACACUGAGCGUGACUAAUGACGGCGGUGCCCGAAUGUGCUGUGUAUAAGAGGCUCAAACUUUUGUUCAUUCUCUUCAAAACGGUAUCACUGAUAUUUAUACACCUUCUCAUUUUCUCUCCAUGAAAAACAUAUUAGGAAAAUCAUUGAUUUUUAGGAAGGAUACAAAAUUUUCCUCAGUGAUCCGAUCUUUCGCGGGCAUGAGACAGCAAAGUGUUCAGCUGAUUUUAUUGGAAAAUCAAGUCAGCAUGAGGGAUUCGACCACUGGGGGGAAUCAUGAGUUUCAAUUUGAUUGAACCAACAGUGAGCGAGCUGGAAACAACAAAACACACGGACUGGUGACAAAUAUCACUAAAAAACCCAAGAUGGCGGUGCCCGUGAGUUUGGUGUAUUGCAUCACACAAUGUUUAAAAACGCUUAAAGUAAAAGCUCAUCACAACACCGCACAAAAUUAACAAUAUAUUCCAUAAAUAUGUUAUUUAUUCUUUAAUCAACACUAGUUUUAUGUAGAUUAAACAGUUUUAAACGUCUUUAAAGACCAAACGAAAACAUGCCGUUCUUCCAUACAGACAUACAGGAGGUUCAUUAGCACAGCGGCGCGCUGUCAAGCCUACCGUAACACACACCAUAAUACACACUGUAACACGCACUGCACUACACACUGUAAUAGACACACUGUAACACACACCAUAAUACACACUGUAACACGCACUACACUACACACUGUAACACACACCGUAAUACAUACCGUAACACACUGUAAUAGACACUCUGUAACACACUGUAAUAGACACUCUGUAACACACUGUAAUAGACACUCUGUAACACACUGUAAUAGACACUCUAACACACUGUAAUAGACACUCUGUAACACACACCGUAAUACAUACCGUAACACACUGUAAUAGACACUCUGUAACACACUGUAAUAGACACUCUGUAACACACACCGUAAUACAUACCGUAACACACUGUAAUAGACACUCUGUAACACACUGUAAUAGACACUCUGUAACACACUGUAAUAGACACUCUGUAACACACUGUAAUAGACACUCUGUAACACACUGUAAUAGACACUCUGUAACACACUGUAAUAGGCUCUCUGUAACACACUGUAAUAGACACUCUGUAACACACACCGUAAUACAUACCGUAACACACUGUAAUAAACACUCUGUAACACACUGUAAUAGACACUCUGUAACACACACCGUAAUACAUACCGUAACACACUGUAAUAGACACUCUGUAAUACACUGUAAUAGACACUCUGUAACACACUGUAAUAGACACUCUGUAACACACUGUAAUAGACACUCUGUAACACACACCGUAAUACUCACUGUAACACACCAUAAUACACACUGUAACAUGCACUACACACUAUAAUAGACACACUGUAACACACACCGUAAUACAUACCGUAACACACUGUAAUAGACACACUGUAACACACACCGUAAUACAUACCAUAACACACUGUAAUACACACUGUAACACACUGUAAUAGACACUCUGUAACACACUGUAAUAGACACACUGUAACACACACUGUAAUACAUACCGUAACACACUGUAAUAGACACUCUGUAACACACUGUAAUAGACACUCUGUAACACACUGUAAUAGACACACUGUAACACACACCGUAAUACAUACCGUAACACACUGUAAUAGACACACUGUAACACGCACCGUAAUACAUACUGUAACACACUGUAAUAGACACACUGUAACACACACCGUAAUACAUACCGUAACACACUGUAAUAGACACUCUGUAACACACUGUAAUAGACACACUGUAACACACACCGUAAUACAUACAGUAACACACUGUAAUAGACACUCUGUAACACACCGUAAUACACACUGUAACACACUGUAAUAGACACACUGUAACACACACCGUAAUACAUACUGUAACACACUGUAAUGUACAUACUGUAACACACUGUAAUAGACACUCUGUAACACACUGUAAUAGACACUCUGUAACACACUGUAAUAGACACUCUGUAACACACACCGUAAUACACACUGUAACACACUGUAAUAUACACUCUGUAACACACUGUAAUAGACACUCUGUAACACACACCGUAAUACACACCGUAACACACUGUAAUAUACACUCUAACACACUGUAAUAGACACUCUGUAACACACUGUAAUAUACACUCUGUAACACACUGUAAUAGACACACUAACACACUGUAAUAGACACUCUGUAACACACACCGUAAUACACACUGUAACACACUGUAAUAUACACUCUGUAACACACUGUAAUAGACACUCUGUAACACACACCGUAAUACACACCGUAACACACUGUAAUAGACACACUGUAACACACUGUAAUAUACACUCUGUAACACACUGUAAUAGACACUCUGUAACACACACCGUAAUACACACCGUAACACACUGUAAUAUACACUGUAACACACUGUAAUAGACACUCUGUAACACACUGUAAUAGACACACUAACACACUGUAAUAGACACUCUGUAACACACUGUAAUAGACACACUAACACACUGUAAUAGACACUCUGUAACACACACCGUAAUACAUACCGUAAGACACUGUAAUAAACACUCUGUAACACACUGUAAUAGACACUCUGUAACACACUGUAAUAGACACUCUGUAACACACUGUAAUAGGCACUCUGUAACAUGCACUGCACUACACACUAUAAUAGACACACUAACACACACCGUAAUACAUACUGUAACACACUGUAAUAAACACUCUGUAACACACUGUAAUAGACACUCUGUAACACACUGUAAUAGACACUGUAACACACUGUAAUAGGCUCUCUGUAACACACUGUAAUAGACACUCUGUAACAUGCACUGCACUACACACUAUAAUAGACACACUAACACACACCGUAAUACAUACUGUAACACACUGUAAUAGACACUCUGUAACACACUGUAAUAGACACUCUAACACACUGUAAUACAUACCGUAACACACUGUAAAGCCCUAUUCGCACGGGAUUAGUAUUACCUGUGAACCUCUGGCGAUUUGUAAUAAUUGCAGAGAAUGUUUGAGAUGUUAGUCCUGUGCGAAUGCGCCAUGUCUGUAAUUUGUAAAGUAAUAAUUCUGCCGCAAAUUACCUACUAUAUUUUGUCAAACACAGACGUCCAGUGACAAUACUAGUCCCGUGCGAAUAUGCAUGUCCGUGUUUGUUAUUGUAAUUGCGCGCGUUUUAUAUCUUUUCCGGUUACUGUGAGUAGGCUAAUGGAGGCUACGGUUGAAAUUUUCAUGAGUACUGUUUUAGGGGCAAGUGGUAGUCGUGCCCCAUACCACACUACAUGGAAUCCGCUUCCCAAAAACAGCAAGAAAUCCAAGAGGAGAGCUCGGAGAUUUUUGACCUGGAUGACUUGUGUGGCUGCUUUCGGUAAGGAACAUUUUUAAUAUUUCAUAGCUACGGUAUAGCCAGGCCAUAUCCUCCAUGGACAUAGCAAUAUUGACGGCUAUCUGAAGUUGUGGCCUAUGACUUUUUGCCUAUCAAUGACGGGCAUUUCUUAUUAAUUCCUAAUAGGUUGGAUACAGGGCCGUCGACAGGGGGGGACAACCGGGUAUUUUGUCCCGGGCCCAGGCAUGAGGGGGGGGCCCAGAACUGGUCCCUCAUGAAGAUGCCAUUAAUCAUUCUGUUUCAUUUCAAAAUGUGUUGAUUUGGGGGAGAAAAAUGUGCUAUAUUUGCAUUCAAUGAAUGAUUUCUGGUUCUUUUGCCUUUAUUGUCUUCGAAAAUAGAUUCAAGAACCCACCUACCACCCCAAUGCAGAAAUGGUUUGGUCUUUGAUUAAGGCAUCAAAUAACACGGCACUAUUCCAUCAUAACGCUUCGACAAUAAGCGUGCGAGCCCGUUUGCCAACAUGCACAAGUCAGGAGCAAAGAAAAGAAAAGAGAAAAAGAGAUGAAGAAGCCAAGAGCCUCAGGGGCUCACUGCAUAGAUAUUUUAGAAAAGAUUCAGAUGAUGCAGCAGGUGGUGAAGGCAGUGGGGCAGCUGAGCCAGCUGAUGUAUGGUACCCUCAUAAAACAUCACGGGACAGAGGCCAGUCUUUCUGGGAAAUGGAGGUGCUUGGGAACUUUGUGGAGAAAGACUGGUACCUGAACUUCAGAAUGCCCCAAGAUGCCUUCAGGAAACUGUGUGACCAGCUGCGCCCAUAUGUCAACCCCAAAACCACUAACAUGCUGGCACCAGUACCUUUAGAGAAGAGGGUGGCACUCACCAUUUACAGGCUUGCUAGUAAUGUGGAGUUUCACGACGUUGCCAACCUGUUUGGUAUUGGGACCAGCACAGCCUGCAACAUCUUCUGGGAGGUGUGCGAGGCGCUGAGCAAACUCAGGAAGAUUUAUGUGAAGAGGCCAAAAUCUGUCCCAGAACUCACAUCGCACAUUGCUGGUUUUGAGAGGAAGACAGGAUUCCCCAUGUGUGUUGGUGCUUUGGAUGGCACACAUAUUCCAAUCAUUGCCCCACAAAGCUAUCCUACUGAUUACUACAACAGAAAAGGGUGGUAUAGUGUUGUACUACAAGGGCUUGUAGACCACACCUACAAGUUCAUGGACUUUGAUGUUGGGUGGCCUGGAAAGUGCCAUGACGCAUAUGUUUUUGAGUGCUGCCGUCUGUGCCGCAAGCUGGAGGAUGGCACCUUUUUCCCUCCAGUCACCAGGACCAUCCAAGGGGUCAACAUACCUGCCCUGAUUGUAGCAGAUUCUGCGUACAGCUUAACCAGCAACAUUAUGAAGCCAUUCCCAGAUGGAGUAAGGGGACCAAGAGCAGCCUACAAUGCUUGCCUAAGCCGCGCACGCAUCCACGUGGAACAUGCAUUUGGUCGUCUCAAGGGUCGCUGGCGAUGCAUAAUGAAGAGGAAUGAUUCCGAAACCAAAAGAGUGAAACACGUUGUAGCUGCUUGUAUAGUGUUGCACAACUUUUGUGAGAUGCAGAAUGUUGCUUACCAGGAAACCCAGGAAGAAAUGUUUGAGCAGCCAGAGGCAGGACCACAGUAGCAGGGUGCACUUGAUGACUUCUCCCCAGCAGAGCGGAUACGAGAAGCAUUGGUAGCCCAUAUCAACACUUUACAAUGACAGUUUGUAUCAAAUACAAUGGCUGAGCUUUCCUGAGAAGUUUUUUUUCAAAUCUUGUUAAAAUAAUGCUUUCCUGUUUUAACCAUGCAAUUUCUCUAGGUUUACAUUUUUUUAAAAAGUGCAGAGGCUCAUAGUUU